CUUUGGCUUUUCAAGGCGGAUCUUGAUAGUUGGGCCCACAGUAAAAUACAAUUAAAUUAUGUUCGUAAAAUGAAAAUGUUAAAAAAUAGAAAAUUUUUGGUGGUAUUAGCGCUUUGUGUUUUGACGUUUCGGGGUUAUGUAAGCUGCGAAAAAAAUGAUUUUAAAGUGUUUAACAUUUCCCUCAACGGUGAUCGUACGAUCACACUUCACUGGAUCGUUGACUAUUCCAAAAAUAACCUGGCAAUCGAAAUUCAUUUGCCUUCCCAGUUCACUUGGUUUGCUUUCGGAUUUUCCAACAGGGGAGAACCCUUUCCGGCUGACUACUGCUUAUUGUGGAAAAACUUGAAUGAAGAGUUAAAUUUAGUUGAUGUUUGGGCAAAUGAGAAAGGUGUUAUAGAAUUAGACAGACAUCAGGAUUGUAUCCACUUUAGACACAAAGAAACUACUAGCGGAAUAACCAAGUUCACUUUCAUAAGAAAGUUUGAUACUUGUGAUAACAGAGAUUAUAUUAUUCAAGAUGGCACAACCCACAUAGUCUGGUCAAAGGGCGCGGAAAAAUUUGUUACACCAAAAGGGCUGAAUAUCAGCACGUUACACAAAGACUCUGGAAUGAGUAGAGUUACCCUUUUAAAAAAUGUACAUGACAAUGGAGAGUUGCCUCCUUUUGUUCAAAUUUUAGAUCUGUUAACUAAUGAGGUGCAAGUUCCGGCAGUAGAAACAACUUACUGGUGUAAAGUGUUUAAGCUGCCCCAUGAGUUUAAGAAAAAGCAUCAUAUUUAUCAGUAUGAAGCCAAUAUUCAAGAUACAAGUGAAGGUCUAGUUCACCACAUGGAACUUUUCCAUUGUGAAGCAAACGCCAACGAUGUAAUUCCAUUGUACAGUGGUCCCUGCGAUGCCAAAGAUAGACCACCGAAAACACAAAUAUGCAAAAGGGUUUUGGCUGCCUGGGCUAUGGGAGCAUUACCUUUUACCUAUCCAGAGGAAGCCGCUUUGCCUUUAGGUGGAAAAGAUUUCAACCAAUAUGUAAUGCUGGAAGUUCACUAUAAUAAUCCAGGUUUAAUAUCAGGUGUUAUAGACAGUUCAGGCAUACGUUUCUACGUCUCCGAUAAACUUAGAAAAAUGGAUGCAGGUAUUAUAGAAUUGGGUUUGGAGUAUACUGACAAAAUGGCAAUACCUCCUGGACAGAACACGUUCUCUCUUACUGGAUAUUGUAUUAGCUCUUGUACAUCUAUUGGUCUACCUGCUGAAGGUAUAACAGUAUUUGGUUCACAAUUGCAUACCCACCUGACAGGAGUCAGAGUUUACACCAGACAUUUCGACGCAUAUGGCAGAGAGCUGCCAGAACUCGAUAGAGAUAACCAUUUUAGUACGCAUUUUCAGGAAAUUAGGAGGCUAAAAAGACCUGUAAAAGUACUACCAGGACAUGUCUUAAUGACUCAUUGUGACUAUGACACUUUAGAUAGGAAAAAUGUUACUCUAGGUGGAUUUUCCAUAAGCGACGAGAUGUGUGUAAACUAUAUUCAUUACUACCCCCGUGCACCUUUGGAAGUUUGCAAGAGCUCUAUAUCUGAUCAAGCAUUAAAUACCUUUUUCACAUAUAUGAACGAAUGGGAAGAUCAACAAACCUCGAUGUUCAAACCCAUAUCAGAAAAUUAUAAUUCGAUACAUUGGAAUAAAAUGAGAAUUCAGCUCCUAAACGAGGUUUAUCACGAGGCACCUUUGAGUAUGCAGUGUAAUAUGUCUAAUGGAGACAGAUUUCCGGGUUAUUGGGAAAAUGCUCCUUUGCCCGUAGCACUGGUUCCUCUGCCACCUCCAUCAAGGAACUGUAAAUUAGAUGAAAGGAAAUAAUUGAUAUAAAAUAAUAUUGUUUUAGUGGUAAAUUUGCAAUAAAUUGCUAUAUUAAAAGCAGUGAAAAUAAAAAUGAACUAUUUAUUUUC